ACUCGGUUUUGUUCACUGUAACCGCUAAGAAUACAAAGUUUACAGUUUUCACUGCGCAAAAUUGGUAUCGGUAUUCUUUUACGGCUGUCUGCUUCAAAUUUUACCAAUUAACUUAUGGUGUUGCUUAAAUUAUCUAUGUUUUUGUAUUCAGAUUAAAUGAACUAUUAAUACAUAUCAUAACAAAAUGCGAAGUUUUGAAUUUUUCUUAUAUUGACUGUAUUUUAAAGCGUUAUAUUGCCAUAACAAUGUCAACAAACAUCGUCGAUAUUAUUGGUAGUAAAGUUAAAAAGAAACAUUUUAAGCCAAAGCAUCAAAAAGCUAAGGUGUUUCGUGCAAAUGAACCACUUCUUAGCGUUUUCAUGUGGGGCGUAAAUCAUACCAUAAGUGGCUUAACUCAUGUUAAUGUUCCAAUAAUGUUGAUGCCUGAUGAUUUUAAAGCCUUCAGCAAAGUGAAAGUUGACAACCAUUGUUUUAACAAGGAAAAUAUGCCCAGCCAUUUUAAAGUCAAAGAAUAUUGCCCAUUAGUUUUCAGAAAUUUAAGAGAAAGAUUUGGUAUCAACGAAACAGAUUACAUAAAUUCUUUGACCAAGUCUCAACCUAUACCUAUUGAUUCGGACAAGAGUAAACUUUAUGAGUCAUGGGAUAAAUUGUUUGUCGUAAAAUCUUUACAGAGUGAAGAAAUUGAAUUUAUGCAUACCUUGCUGAAACAUUAUCAUCCGUAUAUUGUUGAGAAACAUGGGAAAACCCUCCUUCCUCAGUAUCUUGGAUUGUAUAGAGUGACUGUUGAAGGGAAUGAGACAUACCUAGUAGUCAUGAGAAAUAUAUUUUCAGGAACAACAAAGAUUCAUUGUAAAUAUGAUAUAAAGGGGACCUCUGUUGAUAGAGAAGCCAGUGCAAAGGAAAAGACUAAGGAAAUGCCAACUUUAAAAGACGGAGAUUUUAUAAAUGAUGGCUGUAAAUUGUAUGUGGGACCAGAACACAAAGAAAAAUUGCUGGCAAUGCUAUCAGCUGAUACAGACUUCCUAGCUUCACGUGUUCAUUUGACUGACUAUUCGGUAUGUCUUGGAAUCCAUGAUUGUGAAGCUGAUGAAGAAGACAGCAAAGAUUCAGACAUUGAAGAGGAGGAAGAAGGAAGUGAAGACUCAACAACUGUUGUCCCCACACCCCCUGAGUCCCCUCGAAUUAUAACAUUCAUGGAGGAUAGCAAAGAAUUUAAAUUACCUGUUGAUCCAUAUGCUUUUAGAAGUUCUGAAGAUUCUCCCAGAAAGGAACUUUAUUUCAUUGGAUUAGUGGAGAUAUUGUCACAUUAUGGCACAAGAAAGCGCACUGCCACAAUCAAUAGUACUCAACCUGAACAUUAUGCUAGACAUUUGGUUGAUUUUAUGGCUAAAGCCAUGCUGUGAUUAUUUUUGAGGCCUUAAUAUUUCUUCUUUGCUUUUGCUCUACUACACUUUUACUCAGAAGAUGAUUGUGUCCUUUAUAUCCUGAUGUUCAACCGAGCCUUUCAACUAAGUUUAUUAUCCUUUAGUUCAUCAUCUGAAAAGUUACUGUGCGUUUUGUAUAAAAUUUUAUUCAUAUCUUAAAGCAACUUUACUACAAAUUAAAAAAAAAAAUCUUUUAUAAUUUCUUCUAUAUAUAUUUUCUUUAAUAAAAUGUCUUUUGGAUGUAAAAUAUGAUAGAGUGAAGAAUGAUGCAGACAAGUAUCUUUUAUUGACACAAACACUUUUGGUUUUGAAUUGGGUUUAAUGUUGAUAUCAAAAUUUAUGUAUGUUGUAAUAAUAUUUAUUGCUCAAAAGGUUGUUUCUUGUUUGUAUGACUGUAUAAGACUAAAAAGUAUUUUCAAUUUUCCAUGACAUUUUGUUUUGAAGAGGCAUUACAUAAAUAGUCUUAGAAAAUUCUAAGCUUUCUUUUUAAAAAAAACUAUAUUAAAUGUAGAUGCAAAAUUUUACAGUUAAAUACAAUGUAUCAUUCUACAUUUUGUAAGUACAUCACUGAAUUUUAUCAAAUGUAAGAUAAACUGCAUAAACUAAUAUUUAAUACUAUUGAACUAAUUAAUAACAAAAGUGCAAUAGCAUAAUUGAGGGUACAAUAUAAAGCACAACAACUUCCAACUAUUCACGCUAAAAAGCUGAUUCUAUUCAGAAAAUCUAGUUACCUCACCUUGGAAAUUGGUUUUUACUGGAAACAACACACUGGAAUUGUGAGGUGUAAUUUGGUAUUUCAAAUAAAAUAAAAAAAUUUUGUUGGUAUUUUGACACUUUUCUUGUUCAUACUAUUUGGCAUUAUGCAUAAAAAACUGCACUUAAAAAUCUUUUAGUAUAGUGUCUACAAAUUAUCUUUUUAACCUGCAGAUAGAAAGUAAAAAUUUCUAGCCACUAUCUUCUCUGCAAAAAAUCAGUCUAUCUAUCUCAUAGGUGAUGGAAUUAAAAUACACAUUCACAUUAGCUCUCUAAAUUUCACACAUAAGAAGAAAAAAAAUUCUUAUGUCCGCUAAAUAUUUACAAACAAAUUUUUUUUCUUUUCUCUUUCUUGUUUUCAUUGAUAAAUUUAAAUUGAUGAUUAUUCAUAAAAAUUUUCUUUAUUUGUUUAAAAUAUUGAGGGAACUUUUAGAGCUUUCUAAUUAUUGAAGGGACAUAUACCCUCUCCCCCUCACUAAGAAUAUCCAUGUUAUUAAAUAAGAGAAUACAAGAGAACAAUUCCCUAACUUGUGUGAUAUCUCCACAGAGUUGAGAAACCAAAUGUAGAAUGAUAUCUGUAUGUCACCAAUCCUGAUCAUGCUUGAAUUUUGUGUUUUUGGAAUUAAAAACUAGAUUGUACUUUGAGGCCAUGAUAGACAACUAGCACUAUGAGUGGAACAAAUAAUAAAACAAUCCUCUUUUUACAAAAAAGGUUUUAACACCCCCCCCCAAAAAAAAAAAAAAAUUCAACCCGCUUUUUUUGCCUGUCUAUAAUCUGACAACAGUGCAAUAAAACCUAAAUUUUGUAUACACUCAAAGUAUCCUAUUUGAACUUUGCUUAAUAAACUUUGAUUGAACUCCUUGCAACCUGUUCCCCUCUAUAACUGCCCAUGUCACUCUUUUUCAUGAUUUAAUUCCUAUUUUUGAAAGAAAAAAUAAUAAUUUCUAGAUUGUGUUUCUAGGAGUUUGUUUGGUGAUUAGUCAACUUAUAGAGGGUAAUUAGCCAAAAAUAUCUUAAUGUUUUUUUCUUGUUGUUGAUUUUGAUUUGAUUAAAAUUUACCAGUCAUGUU